GCGCUCUCUCACAAACGGGAGUCGAUUUUUUCACGCCAUCAGAUUCCGCGACGGGUCGUCGAUUCUUCUAAAUUCGUGCCGUUAAAUCGUAAGGAUCCGGUCGAAAGUAGUGUCAAAAUGUGCCAAAUCGCGUCGCCUUUCCGGAUUGAUAUUUAGUGAUGGGAAAAGUGCGCGAUUAGGUCGGAAAAGUAUCGAUGGAAAUUUUCGUAAAUUGCAUGCCGAGCAUUUUUUUUCCAUGUCGCUUGAAAGUGGAUCAUGAAGACAACGAAAACGGCAGUGCGAAGAAGGAAGAAGACGAACGGCGGUAAAGUGUGUGAGUGUGUGCGAAAAUUGAUUGCGUCAUGGUGUGAGUGUUUAGCUUUGGAAUGAUGACAAACGGAAGACAAAGCAGAGAGUGACGCUUCUACAGCAAAGUUAGUUCGAUUUCGGAGUUUUAAAUUACUAAGCUUGAAUGGAUUAUUAUUUGGAAUAGAAGGACUCAUUAUGGCACACUCGUAGAACUAAAAGUGCGUCUUGGAUUAAGUGAAGAUAGUGAAGAAUAGACGGUCGUGUUGAUUUUAGCUUUCGAUAGCCUAAUGAUUGAUGGAAAUGACCCUUAGUUCUUAAUGGUGCGCAGUGAAUGCAUUUUAAUUUCCACUGGGUGUUGAGAAAUGAGAAGAUAGCUAACGAUAACGUUGAAGAGUAAAAUCAAAGUUUGAAAAUGGCUUAUUAUCAAAUUGUACAGACAGAUGAGUUGAAGAAUCUGUAUCCUCAUCUGAUAGAAAAUGGAGGAAUACAGUUGGUGAUGGGAGAUGACGUGCAGUUCGGAUCUCAGCCUGUAAUUCUAUCUCAAGACCAACAAGAGCUAUUGCUGAACGAUGGAAAUCAGCAUCAGCUUCCGCAGAUUGUGUACCAGCAGGCUCCAGCCCAGCAGCCACAGCCCCAACAAUCUCAGCCCCCACCUCCCCAACAGCAGCAACAACAGCACGAAACGCAUUAUGUGAUUCAACAAGAGGACGGUGCCCUAACGGAUGCCUUUGGGCAACCAGCUAAUCAACCGCAGCACAUUUAUUACUCCGAAGUGCCCAAUGACGGUCCACAAAUGAUACAAACUAAUUUAGUACACGAACCACCGCAACAAACUACUCUGCAUACAAUGCAAACUGCUGCUGAACAAUUGCAACAACAGCAGCAGCAACAACAACAGCAACAGCAGCAACAACAACAUCAAGUACUGCAAGUAGUCCAUGGUGUUCCACGACCUGGUCAACAAAUAAUCCUUCGUCAACAACCACAAGAGUUACAAAAACCUCCACAACCUCAGCAAAUAGCUGUCCAACAAACCCAACCGCACAUUCUGACGCACCAGCCUUCUACCCAAGUAAUCUUGCAACAUCCUCAAGGGCAUCAAAUAGUACAUCGUCCACAGCAGCAACCUCAACAUCAAAUUAUCUACGAACAUGUGCAGCCACAAGGGCACCCAGUUCAACAAAGCAUACAACUAACUCCGCAAUUGGUACAUCAACCGCAACAACAACCACAACAGGCGACUCAACGCGUUAGCAUACAAAAAUUAACCCCACAACAGCAUCAACAAUAUCUCCAACAACAGAUGCACCAACAGCAAAUGCCUCAGCAACAACAGGUAAUCCAGCAGUCUACGCAAAUGUUGCAGCAAGCGCCACCGGGAGCCAGACCGUGUUUAAUCAUAACUAAACCUCAGCUUUCGCAGGCACCACAAACAGCAACGGUUGCCAUUUCCCAACACCAACCUCAACCAACGCAAAACAUUGCUCGAAUUCGCAACUACAAGCCUCGCGUUACGAAGGCUCCCACCCCUCGACCACGCUCAGCUCUCCCUGUCACAAGCAACGCCCCAGGACAAAUUCGUCCUCCACGUCCCGCCACAGCGAAAACGAUUCCCACACCUGUGGUACGCCAACCGGCACCUGUCCAACAGCAACAACCCCAGCAGCAACUCUCUCUUCAACAGCAGCAACCUACAACUGUUCCUCAACGAACCAACAUCAUCCUAACAGGUCAAAAGAUUGUCACCCUAACCAAUCGACCACCUCAUCUCGUUCCAACAUCUUACGCAGCUACAAAGACGCAGCCCAUAAAGCGAGUUGUAUCCUUGCCAAACUCUAUCCCAACGCCACAACUCGUCCCAGUGUCUCAACCUCAACAACCAGUCGAAAAUCAAUCUCAGCCGCAGCCGCAGCCGCAGCCACAACCACAACAACAAGCUCAACAACAAUCAUCCCCUCAGAAACAACCCCAAGGCGGCACGUACUCCAACGAUCUGGAAGAUCUUGAAGACAGCAUCCAAGCAGCGGUCGUUGCCAAAGCACCACCAAAUGCUGCCCAAGCUAGCCCUCAAUCAACACCCGUUGAGCAAUCCCCUACCUAUCAACAGUCCCCUCAGCAACAACAGCAGCAGCAACAACCACAACAACAAGAAAUGCAACCCCCACCCCAACAAAUCAUUCAACAAUCGCCCCAACCGCUUCAACAGCAGCAGCCACAGCCCCCGCAACAACAGCAACAGCAACAAUCGAUUCAGCAAUCUCACCUCUUCGACGAUCCCGGCAGUAUCAUUCAGCUAGGCAACGGUCAAACCAUGACCGCUGCCCAGUUCCGCUCCUUCCAAGAGAAGCAACAGCUCCGCCAGCAGGAAAACCUCCGAGGAGGAUUCACGCAACGUGGUCGCGGCAUUAUGGCCGCACGCGGCAUGGUCAUUCGCAAAACGGUACCCCUCAACCGCCAGCAAGUAGCCCUCCAACAGCAGCAAAACGCACAAAUGCAAAUAUCUCAGCAGCACCAUCUCAUGCAACAGCAGCAGCAACAGUUGGCCCAACAGCAACAGGCACCGCCUCCACCGCAGCCGGAACCGGAACCGAGGGAGAGUGCCAAGAUGUUGGUCAUCCUGCAAAGCGGCGAGCAACGCUUGAUUACGUUCACACUGCCCAAAGAAAGCUGCACCGUGCAGGAACUGCUGGAGCAGGUCGGAGUUCAGUUCUCUCCGGAGAGCAACAUUCAGUGCAUCUCGAAUCCUGGUGGAGAUAUCGAUUACAUUGUAACCGUGGGCGUCACCAUGCAAGAAACCAGUGAAUAUCUGAAAGCUGCUGAGAAUACUAUCAAAAGCCAACAGCAGCAGCAGCAGCAGCAGCAGCAACAACAACAACAGCAGCAGCAGCAACAAAUGCAACAGCAACAGCAGCAUCAUGUGAUGGCCCAGCAGCAGAUGAUGCAGCAGCAACAGCAACAACAAUUGCACCAGCAGCCGCAAAUGCACCAUCCAUCUCCGAUGGCAGUUCCUCAGCCGCCACAGGCCCAACAUCAGCAGCAAUUGCCACAAACGCCUUCCCAUCAUCAGCCAAAUCGCUUCAACGACUCAUUCCGGGCUACGAUGACUCCUGCGACGCCAGUUCAGCAUAUUCAAACGCCGCAGCUUACGGUGACCAAAGAAACCCCCAAGACUGCUGCCGAUCAAUCUGAUCCCAAGAAAGAACCUCCGGUUAAAAUCGUGAAUGGUUUCUUAGCCGUAUGUCACGGUUGUGGGUAUACCGGAAUCGACCACGCAAAAUGCCAACGAUGUAAACGGCUAUUCACGGAACCACCUCGGAGGGUUCCCGAGCCCGACAAACCAAUGGUUUCUCCUCAUCCACCUCCGUUGGUUCCUACGGCUUCUUCUACACCGCUUCACGGUAAAAUGAUGUACUCGGCGGAUAAGCCAGGGCCAGGGAGCGGCGAGCGGGAUUCGAUAGUAGGGGUCAAGGGCGUUACGUUAACGAAGAAACCGUCGGGGUCGUCCUUAGGUAGCAUGCUCUCAAUUCGGGGAAUGGCAAGAGGUGGCGCUUCUGGUGGUAGAGGUGGUCGAGGGCGUGGAAGAAGUGCUUCGUCCAAAUAUCAUGAUGUGGAACCGGUCGUAUUUACCCUAAGCAGUGAUGAUGAGGAUCAUGAACCCAGUGAUAAAUCCAAGAAUGGUAGCAAAUUAGUAGCAGUUCCAGAACAAAAGGCUCAGACUUCAGUUGUUGCUGACAAAUUGCGUGAACCCCUGAAGUGCGAACCAGUUAUAAAGGAAACCGAUAAAAUAGAAGAUUUGAUUCGCUUGGAUGUCACCGACAUAAAAAACAUGCCGGAUGGUUUGAUUACCAAUUUGGAGUGCCGUACUAUUCGGAUCGGGUCAUUGAAAUAUGAUACUACCGAUAAGGUGGUAGUGUCGUCUCGUGGUGUUCGUAUAAUUGCACCUAAUGUGAAACGGACCAACGAGAAAUGCAUCUUGGAUUUGCAGCUGCAGGAAAUCGUCAAGGCGGUAGUUCACUUCUCGAAGGCAUUGAACGUCAUGUUCCUGUAUACUUUACCGUCGUGUGGUGCAUUCAUUCGUGAAAGCCUUGAAAUGGGCCUUCCGGAGGAUAAACUUCCUUAUUUCAAUCCAGUGAGUCGUCAGGACGAUACCCAUCGACGUAUCACCCUAGUGAUGGAUCGUAUAACGGAAGAGUCCAAAUCAAUUGUGAAGAGUAUUAUUUCGCAUGAUAAAAUCGAAGAAAUCUCUGCUCGUGAUGCUAAUGAUUUGCUGAUGCGAUCAUGCGGCAGCAAUAAAGGAUCUGAAAAUAAUUCCAACAACAUUGUGAGUGGAAACGCUGGCGAUGUUACGGAAAUUAGAAAAAUUCUCAUCUAUCCGCAAGGAAAGGGCGGCAUUUCCAUCAACACUGAGGACUACAUGUGCUUGGCAAUUGAUCAAUACCUGAAUGACGUUAUAAUUGAUUUCUAUCUCAAUUAUUUGAAAUUGGAGCUGCUAAAAGACGAGGAGCGGAGAAGAAUUCACAUCUUCAGUACAUUCUUUUAUAAGCGGUUGACAACCCUUGGUACACGGCAUCGUGGACAGGACAAAGAUCAAAAGCUAACUGCUGCUCAGAAACGACAUGCACGUGUGGCCAGUUGGACCAAGAAGGAGAAUAUCUUCGAAAAGGAUUUUAUCAUUAUUCCCAUAAACGAGCAGUCGCAUUGGUUCCUGGCCAUCAUAUGUUUUCCCAGUCAGGACAUGCCACUUUCCAUGAACAGCAAUACUCCCACGCCCAUCAAGCGGAAAAAGGCCACUCCGAAGAGCAAAAACAUUAGCCUACAAAUUGGAAAUACCACGAUCACACCGGUCUCGAAGCGAGAAAUGGAAGCCAUCAAUCUCGGCGACGAUGAAAGUGAACGUGACGAAGCCGAAGGUGAUGACAGCGAGCUGGCAAGCGAUGCAGAGGAAACGGACGAAGAGCCAACUGAUAGCAAACAGCCUAUCAAACAGCCAAUAAUUCUCAUUUUCGAUUCUUUGACCGGUGCUUCCCGGAGUCGAGUGGUAGCUACGCUGAGAGAUUACCUUACUUGCGAGUACAAGAGCAAAAUGCCGAACAAACCGGCGAAAAUAUUCAACAAGACAAAUAUGCCGGGCCAUUGCGUCAAGGUGCCACAACAGAACAACUUCACCGACUGUGGGUUGUACCUGCUGCAGUACGUGGAACACUUUUUCUUGGAUCCUAUCAGAGACUAUCGCACGCCUAUCAAAUUGCACGACUGGUUCGAUACUCUCAUUGUGACAAAGAAGCGAGAAGACAUUUCGAAUCUGCUGAAAGAGUUGAUCCAAAAACACAAUCCUGACGGUUUGCCAUUGCCGGACAUCAAAUUCCCGACGUUGAACGGCAAGCUCAUCAUCGACCCCGACGAAAACUUCAACGAUGCCGAAUUCGAAGAGGAAGAAAUGGAAGAUGAAGAGUUCGUUACAGGAAGUCAGGAAUCGUCCACGAGCGAACGUCUGAUCGAGGAAGAACCGAGUAGAGUGAUACCCAUACAGACGAAGAAAACUAUCAAGCUGAAACGGUUAAACUCGGCAGGAACAGUGACAGGAGCACUAGCCAACAAUUCGACGGCAACCGGAAACAGCGGGCAAUCGCUUCUGGCUUCCUCACAGAAACGACCACUAGAGGGUGUUAAAUCGGGUGCAGACUGUAGUAUAAGGCCAAAGGCGGCAAAACUAAGUGAUAGCCCAAAUAAAGUAGUAACUACCCAAAAUUAAAGAGUUUCGGGCCACCUGUAUGUAAGAUAUGAAAGUGUUAGAAAUAUUAAACCUAUCCCACUAAACGCAUAAGGAUUAAAGCAGGUCUACGAAUCACAACUACUAAUUAGGAUCGACAAUUGUAUAAAAGAAACUCGUGGGAAUAGCUGAUGGCGAUUUGUUCCUAGGCGCAUGGUCAUUUUUCUUUGAAACUUCAGACAUUCAGGAAUGCAAAAGGAUAAGUUCUUGAGUAUGUGAACACGUUUUUAGUGUUCAAAAUGCUCUGAGCGAAGUGAUCAGUGUCACCUUGUAUUUAGCUAGAUGUGUAUUUUGAAAGUUUUUUUUUAUAACCGGAAAUACAUUCUGAAUCGUACAGUUGAAAUUUGAUUUUUUAUGUACACCGAACCAAAUUUACUUGAAUGCACGGUCGUUAACCUUGUUUCCCAUGUAUAAAUCGAAUCCAGAGCUUGUUUAUCUCCACUCGCCGGUUUAGAUGGUUAGUCGUCAGGAUAGUAAACAAAAUGUUCUAACCUCACUUCAAGAAAAUCAAUCAGACAUAACCUAACAUUUUAGUUUCGAUAGUUUCUGUCAGAGGUCAGUGUAGUUGCUUGAUAUGUUUUAGGUUAGGGGUGUCAUGUAUUGAAAUAAAAGGAGCAACAUAACCUAAAUGUCAUAUAUACAUGGCAUGUAUUGUUUAUAUCGGCAUUGAUCCAUUUUUUUCAAUACAUGGGAUUUUUAGUAACAUAACCUUUCUUAGCUUGGUGCGGUAGAUGUUCAUAAAUGAUGAAUGAAAAUACGAAAAAUAAUAUAAUUUAUAAUUAGCACUAUAAGUAGCACUUACAGAAUAUACCUAUGCUGUGACUGAAAUAAUCAAUAUCAAACGUAAUAAAGAGUUAAUGUUCAACAGUG